CAACCAAAUCAAGAAGGACGAGAGGAUAAAGAGAACGUGGAUCAAAAUUAGCAACGGCCAAAACUUGUUGUCUCUAUAACUUCUUCUAUGCCUUUUGAUCUCUACGUACGUAAAUUGUGAUUGUAGCAAGUUUACGAGAUUAUGGCACAAGUGAGGAACAAGCAAGUGCUUCUGAAGAACUAUGUCACUGGUUUCCCAAAGGAAAGUGACAUGGAGAUUGUGGAAGGUAGCAUAACAUUGAAGGUUCCAGAAGGUUCUAGUGAUGUUGUGUUGCUCAAGAAUCUCUACUUAUCAUGUGAUCCGUACAUGCGGCUCCUCAUGUACAAGGAUACUCCUGUGUCUUUGGGAUUUCACUAUUCUCCUGGCUCAAAAGGAGAGAAAGUGUUUGUUUCAGCUGCCUCUGGUGCAGUUGGUCAACUUGUUGGCCAAUUUGCUAAGUUGACUGGAUGCUAUGUUGUUGGAAGCGCUGGAAGUCAAGAAAAGGUGGAUAUAUUGAAGAAUAAAUUAGGAUUUGACGAAGCCUUUAACUACAAAGAAGAAUCAAAUCUCGAUGCUGCUUUAAAAAGAUACUUCCCCGAAGGCAUUGACAUUUACUUUGAAAACGUGGGCGGUAAGACACUUGAUGCUGUGCUCUUGAACAUGAGAUCUCAUGGUCGCAUACCGGUAUGUGGAAUGAUUUCACAGUAUAAUCUCACUCAACCAGAAGGUGUAACGAAUUUGGCAAAUCUCAUAUAUAAGGAGAUUAAGAUGCAAGGUUUUAUUGUAUCUCAAUUCUAUCCCCUUUAUCCUAAAUUCUUGGAGUUUAUUCUGCCUCACAUUAGAGAAGGGAAGAUUGCAUAUGUGGAAGACAUAGUUGAAGGUCUUGAGGGUGGCCCUGCAGCCUUAGUUAGCCUUUUCAGUGGUCAAAAUCUCGGUAAAAAAAUUGUGGCUAUUGCCCCUGAAUAAUUUUCGUACUAUGUUAUGUGAGUGAAUCAACAAUUUCAGAUAUCUUUAGAAAAGAAAAAUUGUUGUUACCAAAAACUAGAAAAAGAUUAGUUAGUGGAGAUGCGGGGGAUCGAACCCCGUGCCUCUCGCAUGCAAAGCGAGCGCUCUACCAUUUGAGCUACAUCCCCGUGUUGAUGAUUUGUAACAUACGUUAUAUUUUAUUUAAAAAUAAUUAUUAGCUUUCUUUUU